AUUGGCUGCAGUGAAUCCGUCAACAGUUAGCAAACGCUUUACAAUACUUCAACAUGUUCAAGAUUCUGCUCCUUACCGCACUCGUAGCCUACGCCUGCGCCGAUAACAUCGACAAAGAUGCGCAAGUGCUGAGCUUCAAGAACGACGUCGCCGAUCCGGAAGGUAACUACGCGUACGCCUUCGAAACCAGCAAUGGCAUACAGCAACAGGAAGCUGGCAACACAGUCGGUGUAGCCGGUCAAUACGAAUAUGUGUCACCGGAGGGCGAGAAAAUCUCCAUUAGCUACACAGCCGAUGAGAAUGGUUUCCAACCCAGCGGCGCACAUCUGCCCACACCACCACCAAUUCCAGAAGCUAUCGUGCGCGCUUUGGAAUACAUUGCAGCGCAUCCCGCCGCCCCAUAAGCCGGCUGGUGGAAGUUAGUGUGUGAGAGAGAGAGAGAGAGCGAGUGGCGCUAUAAAUACACUACACGAAAUGUGCGAACUGCCGUUAAUCAAAUGCAGUGUUGUAAAGUGAAGUGAAGUUUAGAUUAGUAUGUAGAUAUGGCCAAGUUGGAAGCUAAAUUGCAAUGCUGAAUUAUUUAAUAAAUCUAAAUAAUAGUUACCUAGUCAAUCUAGUUUUCUGAAGCGCAGCAAUUGGAUGCACUUUCCGAGCUGCGCCGUUGCUACACUACUACCUUUUUACAUACUCUAUCUAGUGUGGUUCUGUAUAUAUGUACAUAUAUAUGCACACACACACACGUCUGUCUGUAUUUGUAUGUAGGUGAAGAGCCAUUAUUUCAUAACAGUAAAUUUCAAUAUUCAUAUGUACUAUUAAUUAAAUAGCAAAGAGACAUUGACGAAGCGCUAAAACGUGUUUAAUUUAAGCGAGUUUCACAUACCAACAUAUAUAUACACACACACGCAUACAUACAUACAUAAAUACAUACAUACGUACAUAUGCAUACACAAAUAAAUAUAAAAACAUAUCUCUAUUGUAUUAAAGACAUCAUAUCUAGAAUAAAAUUGCAACAAAGUUUUCCUCACAGAAAAUGGAAAUAUAAAAACUUAAA